AUCACACGGCCACCAAGGUACAAGACAAUAACACUCUUUUCCUUUCGUUUCCUCCAUCCCCCCACCGGAAACACAUCUACCGACCACCACCAAAAUGGAUAUCCGCCACCAAAUCCACGGCGGAUCUCCGUCUUCAUCUUCCACCACCUCCUCUACAUCCUCCCAAACCCACCACCCCAUCACCACAACCACCACCACCACCUCCGCCGAUCCAAUGCACUCCUGGUGGGAAUCCAUCUCCAAAGCCCGUUCCCGUAUCAACCUCUUAUCCACUCUCUUACCCGACCCGAACCCGAUCUCUUCCCUCGCUGACUCAGACUCCCCUGCCAAUUCCUUACUAUCCUCUUUCACCGCAUACGACGCCGUUUCAACCUCUUUAAUCUCCUCCCCUUUUUCCGGAUCCGGGUCGGACCCACUUUGUAAUUGGUUAUAUGAUACUUUUCUUUCUUCAGAUCCAAACUUGAGGUUAGUUGUUCUUAAUUUUAUCCCAAUUAUAUCUAAUCUGUAUCUAUCUCGUAUCUAUAAUUAUAAUAAUCAUAAUAAUUCCACUCCCCCAUCGUUAUCCGGUUUCGAAGCCGUAUUACUCGCAAUCUAUUCGUCCGAAACGAAAGCUCGGGCCGGAAAACCCGUAACCAUUUCGAUUCCGGAUCUUUCGCAGCCCUCAUUAUAUCAUUCCCCUAGGGUUAGUAAUCAGAAUUCUAAUAGUAGUAGUGCUAGUAAUUAUGGUUAUGGUAGUAAGAAGAAGGUUAGUUCUAGUAGAGUUACGGCGUCGCGGCCGGCUGCUACGGUCGCGGUGGUUGCGGCUCCGUUGGAGCCGCAGACUGCGAUCAAGUCGACGAAGCGGGCGACGAUAGUUGGUGUUGCGUUGGAUUGUUAUCAUAGACAGAUUGCGCAGAUGCCAGCGUGGUCGAAGGUGGAUUUUUGUCAGUUUUCUGCGGGAUGGGCGGGGCAGGACUGUGCGUGUAAGUCGGAGUUUGAUGAGAGUGAGCAUGUCGGGGUCACGAGUUUCGAGGACGGGAUUGUUGAAAACGGGAAUGAAAGUGAGGGGAGUGUUGUGGAGGAGAUGAAGAGUUUGGCGAUUCAGGGUGAUAAUGAGGAUAAUAACGGUGGUGUUGGUGUUAAAGGGACUAGAAUAUUGCUACCGUGGGAGUUAUUACAACCGACGUUGAGGAUUUUGGGCCAUUGUUUGUUGGGCCCGUUGAAUACGAAUGAAGUGAAGGAUGCAGCAUCGGUGGCUGUGAGAUGUUUGUAUGCUAGAGGUUCGCAUGAUUUAGUUCCUCAAGCGAUUUUGGCUACCAGGAGUUUGAUUCAGCUUGAUAAGAGGGCUCGUGAGGCUGCUGCAGUGGCUGCAGCGUCUGCUGCUAAUACAGUGGGUUCUAAUGCUAAUACACCGAGUAAAGCAAAGAAGCCGGAAAUCCUUUUGGUGUCAAAAUGAUGGCAGAGUAUGUAUUUUGAUUAAAUUUCGAGAAUUUACUUAUUUUUUAUUUGAACUUGAUGAUAUAAUGUUUGUGGGCUUGUUGUAGGGAUAGUAGAGCUAUAGGUUGUGUAAUUGGUGACGAUGAUUAUACUUUGUCAACUUAAAAAUGUGUAGAUGCAACAAAUUGUUUGUGUAAUUUGUUUUUUUGCCUGCUAUGAGAUUGCAUUCAGUUUA